AUGGGUGGAUCUGAAUCCAGUCCAGAGCAAGAAGAUGAUGACUGGCUGGCUCAAUGUAAACGUGAGGAAGCAGAGGAUGACGAAGCGCUGAAGGCGUAUGAACAAUCAGGGGACAAUGACCCACUGAACCCAUAUUACCAGUUCGAUGUUCUUGAGAAACUGGAGCAAUGUAGAAGAUGGAGGAAGGCUCUAAUAGUUAAGCUCGUGGGAAAGAUGAUUGGGGCCAGAAUGCUCUGGAAUCGGCUUCAUAGACUCUGGAAUCUGGAGGGGGAGUACAAAGUACUUGAUUUGGAGAAUGACCACUACAUGGUCGAAUUUGAGAAGACUCAGGACUAUGUGUUCGUGCAGCAGCAGGGGCCAUGGGUCGUUGCAGAUCAUUACCUGAUUGUUCAACGGUGGAGGCCGAAUUUCGACCCAUAUGACGACAAAGUGAAGAAGCUUGCGGUUUGGAUUAGAAUCCCUGGAGUACCUAGGGAGUUCUAUACGCAUAAAGACCUGUGGAGAAUGGGGAACAUGGUGGGUCGAACCCUAAGAAUUGAUGAGAGUUCUCUAAGGAUUAGCGGUCAAGGCCAGCUAGAGGAGAUUACUGACAGAGGUCGCUUUGCAUGCAUCUGUGUUGAAGUAGACUUGAGCAAAAGUCUACUUUCAAAAUUCAGAAUCGGACAGAGGCAAUUGUUCAUAGGAUACGGGGGAUUACAUCAAAUUUGUUUCCUGUGUGGCCAAUAUGGUCACAAAGGAGACCAGUGCCCUUUAAAUCCUGAAAAUAUGAAGAAGACUGAAGUUAAUGAAGGGGGGAGAUGCAAGGCCAACAGGCUGAACACAGUGGUGCAAAAGUAG